AUGGGCUUAAUAGCAAAAUUCAAAGAAAUAUUGUAAAUAAUUCCAGUUUGGAUUUACAAUUUAUUCAUUAGCAGAGUUCUUACUGUAGUUACACAUUCAUAUUUAGCAGACUACUUGAAGAAAGAAGAACAAAAGAAAGAUGUUUCUCUUGAUAGCAUCCUUGAUAUAGGUAUUGGUACUGGAUUACCAUUAUACAAAAUAGCAUCUAAAUUCCCUUAAAAUGCUAAGAUUCUAGGUGUAGAUAUUGACGAAAAUUAUGUUAAGGCAGCUUAAAAGCUAUUCAAAGAUAAGAAAAACGUAGAAAUCAGAUUGCAAAACUUCUACGAACUUGAUGCUAAGAAAGAAGGAUAGUUUGAUAUUGUUUUAUUCAGCUUUUCAUUUAUGUUAAUGCCUGAAAGAGAAAAAGCAAUAGCAUUAGCAAAAUAAUUAGUGAAGAAAGACGGUAGAAUCAUUUUCUUGCUUACUCUUCAUCAAAAGAAAAACCCUCUCUUUGAAUAGAUGAAACCACUCAUUAAGUACUUAACCACAAUCGAUUUUGGCAACAUUACUUAUGAAAAUGAAUUCGAUGAUUUGUUAAAAAAUUGCAACAUGGAAGUUAAUAAAAAGGUGAGAGUUACUUCUACCUUCAACCCAUUCCUUAACUUAUUUAAAAUAUUUAUGGUUGACUGUAAGGCAUGA